AUGAUACACGAUGAUGGUGGAUUUACACCAGCUCAAAAAUUCUACUAUUUACGGUCAAGUGUUAGUGGCCAGGCGUUAGACCUUAUCAAGUCGGUUCCAAUGACAGAUACAAAUUAUGAGGUGGCAAUAGAACGCCUGAAACAACGGUAUGAUAAUCGCAGUCUUGUCAUUCAGUCACAUAUUCGAUCUCUCCUGGAAUCUCCAUAUGUAGAACAGCCGAGGGCUAAAGACCUGCAAGCUCUACAUGCCCAUGUAAGCACCCAUGUUGCAGCUUUAAAGGCGCUUGAUCAGCCAACGGAGCACUGGGAUGCGUGGCUAGUAACGAUAAUCGUCAGUCGUUUGGAUUCUGCUACUAGUCAUGCCAGUCGAUGUAUAGCUUUCGAGUCUUCCGAAGCAACUUCUGGACCAAUAAGAGAUAUCAGAACUACAUUGGCCGGUGAAACAGCAAAAAAGAGCAAUGCCAAAAAUGUAUUUCCUGAGACAAAGCGAUCUUUAGUGGCAUCAUCCAAUACAGUAUCCUGUAAAUACUGCACUGAUGCUCAUAAAUUGUAUCACUACGAGAAGUUCAAGGCCGCUACUAUAAACACACGUCUCUCAUUUGUUCAGGAAAAACGAAUGUGUUUCAACUGUUUGACUCCUGGGCAUAUGGCAAAUGUUUGCAGAUCCACUUAUAGUUUUCGGACGUGCAACCGCAAACAUCAUUCGUUAUUACAUCAAGAAAGGCAGCAACAAAUACCAGAGAAGGAGCAGCUUGAAAAUAAGCAACCUGAUAUAAAUAAGCAACCUGAUAUAAGUCAGCAGCUAUCUACCUCCGGAGUCGUAGUAUCUGCACCAGUACCAGUGAAUACCACCGCAGAAAAUUCACACGUAUUUCUUGCUACAGCAUUAGUCAUGGUUCAGGACAAAAAUGGUGGACAUCGACAGUGCAGAGCCAGCUUGGAUAGUGGCUCUCAAGUCAACUUCGUUUCAAAGAGAUAUGCAAACUUACUGCAGCUAGCAUGUAAGAAGUCUUCAUUGCCAAUAAGUGGUAUUGGAGACAAUCGUUUAAAGGCAAGGUCGUGCAACUUUCACCGUCCUCAAAGUGUUGACCUACUUAUUGGAGGUGGCUCGUUCUUCGACAUUUUGGGAACAACAAAAAUACCAUUGAAUAUAGGUUCAGUCACGCUUUAUGAGAGUAACUUUGGAUGGCUUGUAACGGGAGAACUGCCUAAACGUCAAACACCAACACUUUUGUCAAUUGGACAGACGAUAGAGGAGGAUUGGAAGGUUCUCGGAAUCGUUGAGGAUACAAGCUAUGGUCGAACAUCAAGGGCGAAUAAGAGAAAUCAAGAAGAGCUAGAAACAGUGCAACAUUUUAAGCAACACACAAUACGUGAUGAGGAACGGCGUUUUGUUGUACGACUUCCCAUCAAGGAGACAAUCAGUGAAAUAGGCGAAACCUUACCUAUGGCGAUCGCACGAUUCUUAAAUGUAGAGAAAAGAUUGCAGCAUGACGAACACCUGAAGAACGAAUACAUACGAUUUAUGAAUGAAUAUAUUAAGAUGGGGCAUAUGGUUGAAGUACUGGAAAAUUCAGUUCAAACGCAGAAUCACUUCUAUCUGCCGCACCAUUCAGUAAUAAAGGCAUCAAGUUUAACGACAAAGGUUCGAGUGGUUUUCGAUGCUUCCGCCAAGAGCGCAUCUGGUGUCUCUCUUAACGACGUUCUGAAAUGCGGUCCUACUGUUCAGCAAGAUUUAUUUUCUAUACUUGUUCGCUUCCGUAAGCAUCAAUUUGUCUUAACUUCUGAUAUAGAGAAAAUGUUUCGGCAAAUCAAAAUCGCAAGAGAAGACUGGGACCUACAAAAAAUUGUUUGGAGAUCCAGUCCUAAGGAAUUACUUCGUUCAUAUCAACUCACUACAGUAACAUACGGAAUGACUCCUGCUUCAUUUCUAUCUACCUAUUGUCUAAUAGAACUCGCGAAAAGUGUCGAAAAGCAAUUCCCGUGCGCUUCAAAAGUGAUUGCCGAAGAUUUCUAUAUGGAUGAUUUAAUGACGGGAGCCGACACCGAGGAUGACUGCUGUCAAUUACAAAGAGAAGUAAGCACAGUGCUAGAUUCAGCAAAGCUACCGUUAAGGAAAUGGUGUUCCAAUUCCGAGUUUGUACUGCAAAACAUGUCUAAGUGUGUUAACGAUCCCUUGUUUGUGUUGGAUAUCGGAGACGAUGACACUGUCAAGUCAUUGGGACUGCAGUGGAAACCAAUUGCCGACCUAUUUCAAUUUGAAAUCGUAUCAAGAUCCAUGGAAGGUACAUUGACAAAAAGAGCUAUACUCUCAGACCUAAACAGAAUUUUUGAUCCACUCGGUUUCCUGUCACCGGUUCUAGUGAAGGAAAAAUAUUUCUACAACAGCUCUGGUCCACGAAGAUAG